AUCCUGCGCGCGCCGCUCUCGUCGCCCUGCUGGCGUGCGGAGAAAACGGCACGCGCCCGUCGCGCAGAAGACAAGGUAGGGCCACGCGCAGGAAACAUCAGCCUGUAACAUGUAAAUCUGUCACUGCUGUUUUCCGUAAUAAAACCACAGACCUGUGUGAUGCACGUCGUAUGUUUUGCUAUUUGUUCGCAUUGCAUCGUGUAACCUUGCUUCAUGCUUCACUGGACAUCGAGCUGCCUCCUCGGAAGAUGGCUUCAUCCAAGCUUCAGCCUGCAUUGUGUGAACGGAUCGGACUUUAUAUAAACCUGGAUAUCCAUUUCGUUGAGCAGUUAGGCUGUUUGUAAAGCUUUGUUUUCCUCGUUUGGGUGUCAGUGCAGCCUGCACUAAUGGAGAACCCGCGGCCACAGGUGGUGAUGGACAGGAGUGCACUGGCGAGGCAGGUGGAGAGUGUGGAGAGAAGCAUCAUAUUCCUGCGGCAGGAGCAGCUGACACUGCUGCACGGCUUACACCUGGAGAUCCUGUCCCUGCAGAAACGCUGCACAGAACUGACCCAUGAGCUGAAUUUAAAGCCUCCUGGCAAAAGUGAAGCAGAGGUACAUGAGGAAGAGCAGCUGCUAGAGGCGCGCCGUCAGGCCGUGGAGAGCAGACUACAAGAGCAGGAGCACUCUCAGGAGGAACUACGUGAGGAGCUGAGCCACAAGGGGGUGCUGGUGGGAGCUCUGAGGGCAAGCCUGAAGGAGAAAGAGCGCCGCUUCCUGGAGGAGCUCAAGCAGCGCAGCCACAGGAGCACUGCGCUGAACGCCGAGCUACAGAAGCAGACCAAGACUGCCGCCUACCUGUCGUUCCAGCUGCACGCUGCCAGGCAAAAGCUGCAGCAGCAACAACAGCAGCAGCAUCGCAGGAGACAGGAAGUGGUUGGAGCAGAGAAUCCAUCCUCCCUCAGCCUGUCUCAGCAUGAUAACUUCACCGCACCUACGGUCAAGCCGAAAAGGCGCAGCGGCAUCAAGGCGUGCUCACACCUCCGUGCCGAGCGGGCCAGGGAGUGUGUUCCUCGCGAGAGGGUGAUGGGUCCCGAGGAGCCCAUGGCCAUGCCUGACCCUGCACUCUUCCUCCACCCGCGCAGACCAGCAGCGGCUCGACCAGUUCAGCAUCACACACAAACACUGCGGGGGGCGGAGGGUGGAGAGGAGCCAGAUGAAACAGAUCAGGGAGACUCGGCCAGCAGGCUGCUUGCCACGGUCCCCGUAAAAACAGCAGCUACUGCUGAGAGCAAAGCAAAGUGACAGUGCUGUCCUGCAAAAACGGCCUGCUUCUUUCAAUGCUGUUUACCUCUUUUCACUGACUGCACUGGCACUGGUGGACAUGUUUUUACUAUAGUUGCUUUAUAAUUAGAUUUUUUUCUUAGCUGGUAAUUCAGUGAAAGACAAUAAUGGCCAGUGGACUGGCCGUAGCACACAGCACCGCUGUGUGGUUUUGCCUUGUCUUAGGAAGGACAGCCAUAGGGCAGCUCGUAGUUGUCCACGUGGUGGGGUGCCUCUGUGUCUUGGCUAUUUGGUACUAACAUACCCUUGCUCUUGAGUACAGCAAAUUGUCAGGUUUUGUUGUAUUUAGGCAAGUUUUGUUGCUAUACAGUAUGAUCUUGGUAAUUCUGCAUCAUAUUUCCACACUUUUUCAAGCAAGUGCACUGCAGCGAGUGCACAUAUGAAAACACCUGCUUUUUCCAAGAUCAUAUUUUGGUCUUUCGCCAAUAAAAAAGAACCAGCUGUUUUAUCAGUACAGCUGUGUAUAAUAGUAGAGAUUUGGGAGCUGUUUGCUGUAGAUCAAGGCUCAGGGGUUAGUUAGUGUAGAGAGUUUGAGGGUCUGUGUGGUUGUAGGUAGUAUAAGCUUUAGGAGAAUCAAGUAAGGAAUCGUAUUUUAAUCGUGGACAUUACUGUUUUUAGAAUGUUUCACAUUUGGUCACAGGUGGUCUCUGUUUGAUGUCUCAGCAGUUUUGUGCAUCCAUUAGUGACAGACAAACUCAGACCCAUCUUAAAUGACCCACAAACAAACCAUUUUCAGAUCAAACUUUUGUUGUAGUCAGUUAAUUUAUGCAUCGUAAAAAAAAAACAAAGUGAUCCUGGUGUGCUUCACAUUUUGCAUUAUGGUUUAGAACCUAAAAGCUUGCCAUAUAUAUGUACAGACGGGUGACAAAUUAAAGGAAAAACUAACAUCAGGUGUCUUGGUUAUGUGUUGGGCCACCAUGAACCAGAACAGCUUCAGUGAGCCUUGUCAUAGAUUUUACAAUCUCUGGAACUGUACUGGAGGGAUGAACACCGUUCUUCCAAAAGAUAUUCACUCAGUUGGUGUUUUGCUGAUGAUGGUGGUGAAGAGCGCAGUCGAACACGUUGGUCCAAACUCUCCAGAAUGUUCAGUUGGGUUGAGGUCUGGUCACUGUGUGGGCCAUCAUUCAGGAUUUGCAAAAUUUUCAUGCUCAUUGAACCAUUCACUGAGCCCUCGUGCCCUGUGAAUAGAGACAGGGUCUUAUCAUAAGAGACCACUCUCAUCAAGAUAGAAGUGUUUCUUAAUAGGAUCACGCUGAUGUGUCAGAAUAACUUUGUAUUGAUUUGCAUUGAAUUCUGGGUACGGGGAUAAAUAGACCCAUACACCUGCCAGCAAAAUGACACCCACAGCAUAACAGGCACCGGUUUUUCCUUUAAUUUGUCAGGUGUCUAUAGCUGGUACAACAUUUAGGUAAAAGAAACUAAACAAACUAGAAAAAUGUUUGCCAGUGGAUUGUGUGGUCUUUGGAAGAGACCACAGCACUGGUCAAAAUGUUGAAGGAGCAUGGUCACCCUCAACUAAAAUAUAAAGUUAUAUAAGACAAAUAUUUGCAGAACAAAGAAAAAUAAAGGUGCUGUGCUGCAGUAUCUAAUCAAAAUAAAUUUAAAAAAGUGUAUAAGUAUGCAUGAAAAUGAGGGUGAGCAGGGAGUUGAAAUCAGAGAUAUGUGUCCCUUUAACAGUGAAACUGACAAAAAUUUGUUGUGAAAAAGUGCCAAUUUGCGGUAGUGGUUUGAGAUCUUAAUAAUACUAUUGAUGACCUGAAAGAGAAUGUAGCCUCUUUUAAAUUCCACUUAUACUCGUAACACAAAAAAGCAGCAAGUCAUUUGCAGCCUUUCAGGUUCACUUUUCACAGUUUAACACAACUGAGUUUCAUUCAAAUUUAAAAGCUUUAUGUAAAAAAAACUCUCAUUCACAAAUGGCACCUUCUAUUCAGUUCCUUCUCUUAAAAGUAAAGCUUACUUGGUGCAGAAUAUUGUAUGUCAUUUAUGAGAAAAUCAUUUUUCAGGCAAUGCUCAUUUCUCAACCACUGGAUGGCUCUAGUGUGUGUCGUAUGCUACAGUGUGGUGUGAGAUCAAAUGGGAUUUAACACACUUUCUCUGCAAGCCUAGCAAUAUUUAAGAAUGGCUUAUGAGACAGCUUUGAAGCUUAGAUGUUGACAGUGUGUGAAAGUCAGCUUUCCUGAGACAGAUUAAAGCUAGUCCUGUGGAGAAUCUUGCAAAUACACACUACAGAGACUACACAUAAUGUGUCUGUGGUAAUCUGUUGUCACAGAGUGGACUUUCAGAGUACAUAACAUUUUCUUGCAUUCAACUAAAAGAUCACUAAAUAUUAAUCCAGUGCUUGUUGUUUUAGGGCAGGGGUGUCAGCUCUAAUCCGGCCCAGAAAAUGAAUUUAGAAUCAGUAUUAUUGUCUUGUACACUGGAAAUUAAAUUAAAAAAAAAAAAAAUCAAGUCUCUGUUAUUUCACUAAGGGGCAAAAAUUGUGCAAUACACUCAGGGCCAUGAACUCAGCUACUGACAAAAUGUGCUAAUGAUGUAAUUCUUCAUUAGCAAGCUAAAAAAAUGUUUUACAUUGUGAUCAUGUCUCUUUCCAAAAGAAAUAAAUUAGAGGUUUCACAGCAAUGGGAGUGAAUACUUGUGCAAUCACAACUUUCUUCUUUUAAAUUAUUUUGCAAACUAUAUAGACUCCCCCUUCCCACUUCAAUAAUGUACGCUUCAGAUAAAUGCUGAUUUAGGACCUUUGGUUUGGAUUUUAUAAGUGUGCAUGUGCUGAAUGUCUGUUUAUCAAAUUAUGUGCAAAAGUCUUAGGCAACCUGAAUUUUUGAUAUCUUCUGCACUUUUUUUUUUUUAUUUUAUGUCUUCUCGAUUAAUCUCAGUAUAAAAGAGCAGAUUUUAGGUUUGCAGGUAUUCCACUUCUAAAAAAUUGAACAUUGCAUAAAAUUUUUAUGUCCAUAAUGAAAGUAAUAGAUCACUUUUUAGAUAAAAACAUCACUGAGCCUGUCUGAGGUUUUUAGCCAGAGCACAAAGUGUGAGCUGAAGUCCCCAGAAGGAUUAUGGCAUGUUCUCCCAGGCGCAUGGAACAUCCUGCAGCUGAUUUCCUUAUAAAACUGCACAACAGUACACAUGAGAGUUGAUUCAAAUUUAAAGUCAAACUGUGUUCACACCAAAUGUUGCUUUGAAUUUGUGUUUUAGUGUUUACUGCUCUUUAUAGUAUUUCGAAAUGUUCUUAUUAUUUUUGAAAGCAUCUUCACUUUACAUGUUUAAUUUCUUUACACGUCCUUAAAGUACUAUCCAGAGGGGUUAAGACAUAUUUCCGGACAUAUGUGUGUUACAUAAUGUUGUUGGAGCAUAUCUGUAGAAAUGACAUGCACCUCAUAUUAUUGCAAACGGAUUGUUCUGAUCUUUAUAACUGCGUGUUUUGGGGUUUGUGGCUGCGCUUGAUCAGUAGUAGGUCACAUGACCAUAAUGUGUUUGUAGGCAGUAUCUGUGCUAGGAACAUAACUUAUGUAAAACCCCUGGAAGUGUCACUUCUCUAACAAGUGCUUUUAAAUGUCAUCUAUACAUUUAUUGUGUUGCGCUUUAAACUCGGGCAAUGCUUUGUUUUUGGUUUGGUUUUUGUGGAUGACGAUAGAAAACAGCGCUUACUAUAGUGUCUCCAUAUUAAAACAAAAAGUGGAAAACCUCUAGUCCAAAAUGAUGCAAGGGAUUCUUUACCAACAUGUCAAUUUGGAUAGUGUUUAUUUUACCUGGGGUUAUUUUAAGAUGUCCUUUUAUAGCAUAAUCUUUCCAGGCAUGGGAAAAUUACUGACAUGUUCGCUUCGGACAGGACUAAAACCCCAGAAAUACACCAGUCAUUAUUACAUGUAAAACCAGUCCGAAGGCUUUUGCACAGCGCUGUAUGUAACCAUAAUGCUGACUGUUAGGAUUGUAGUUGUAAGAUUUACUUCAAUGACAUUUUGUAUACUGCAUACCACAAUACAUUUUGUUUUAUACAUUUAUUGCUUAAUCACUGUUAUUACUGUGAUUAGACUUCCAGGGUUGGUAGUGAAAGGUCAUUCAGUACAUACAGUAUAUAAUCAGCUGUUUAACAUACACCACUUUACCCAUUUAAACAAUUUUCUAAAUGCUUUACUUUGUAUUUAACCGAUAUUGAUAGUUUAGGGGUUUCAUCACCUCUAAGAGGUUAACAUUUUAGACUGAGAAACUGUCUUCCCUACUCAGAGUGAUAAAACUAUUUGACUGUUACACAAUAUGUAGAGGUUUUGUUAUUAUGCAGUGGCAGCUUAGUGCUGAAUUUACAACCAAAUUUUGUUCGCUUCAAACCAGUUAUCUGUUAACUGUUUAGUCUCUAUACAAAAUGAGACAUUGUGCACCAAAAUCUUGCAAUAAUACACUGUAUUCUCUGCCACAAUAUUAAAAAGGUUGUAUCCUUUA